UUAAAUUAUUUAACUGUAGCAUCAUUCCUUUUUAAAUCAACGCCUUAUGUCUCGAUAAUAUAUAUUAUUUUAAAUUGCCUAUAUAUCUUUCCAAAUACAUUUCUGAAACCAGUUGUUUAUCCAGGAUUAGGUACUCUACUCCGGAAACUUCCACCAAUAGCGUUUGCGUGUAUAGACGAAGUCCAUUGUGUGUCCCAAUGGUCACACAACUUUCGCCCUUCUUAUCUAAUGAUAUGUCGCGUAUUGCGUGAACGCUUCGGUAUAAAAACAUUGCUUGGUUUAACGGCCACUGCUACCCGAGCCACGUGCGAGAGUAUAAUCGAACAUCUUCGUAUACCUGAUGGUAAAGACGGUGUCGUGAGUGAGAUCCCGUUACCAAAAAAUCUUAAUUUAUCGGUAUCUCGUGACGUUAACAGGGAUAGCGCCCUCUUACACUUACUGUCUACCGAAAAGUUUGCCGAAUGUAAAAGUAUUAUCGUCUAUUGUACGAGAAGAGAAGAAUGUGAACGUGUGGCUACACUGGUCAGGACCAGUUUAAGGGAGCCAACAGAAAGUGGGAGGAAACGGAAACGGUACAGCGAUUGUGCAGAAGCGUAUCACGCAGGAUUAUCGGCAGCACGAAGGAAAUCAAUUCAGAAAGCUUUCAUGAAUGGUGAAUUGAGGAUUGUUGUCGCUACUGUGGCUUUUGGAAUGGGUAUAAAUAAAAGCGAUAUUAGAUCUGUUAUUCACUACAACAUGCCCAGCAGCAUAGAAAGUUAUGUUCAAGAAGUAGGACGAGCUGGUAGGGAUGGUUUACCAUCUUUCUGUCAUUUGUUUUUGAACUCGGAGAGCAACGACGAGUUCGAAUUACGCCGUCACGUUUACGCAAAUACCGUCGACCGUCAUGCCAUACGAAAACUUCUUCAACGAGUUUUCGUCCCCUGUUCGUGUAAAGGUCAAUGUACCAAGCAUGAAGUGGCAUUUUCUAUUCAGGAAACGGUAGCGGCUCUCGACGUCCCCGAAGAAAACAUAGAAACCCUGUUGUGUUACUUGGAAUUACACAAGAAAAAGUUUAUCGAAACAUUAAGCCACGUUUACAUUAAUUGUAAACUCGUUUCUUAUGGUGGAGUAAAUGUCAUUGCCCACGCAUCCAAAGAUUGCAUUCCUCUCGCAAUGGCUUUGGCUUUACACAAAGAUAAAAUUAAAGGAAACAUUUUCGAAUUUCCAGUUGUUGACGUGGCAGCUGCAAUCGGUUGGGAUAGUGGCAUUUGUAAGCAUAAACUGAAGAAUCUAGAAUGGGUAACAGUCAAUAAUCAGCCAACAAGAUCAAAACUGAAUGUCCAAUUUACAAAUUUGGGUUUUCGUGUUCUUGCUCCUGGAAAUUUGUCUGAUAACGAGCUCGAUGAAGCUCUAGAAUAUCUUUCCCAAAGAGUUCAAGAACAAGAGAAAACAGCUCUUCUACAAAUAAAAAGUGUCCAGAAUGCAUUGGCUUCGAUCGCGGUGCCUUCGGUAAAAUCUGCACCUGUUUUGGAUCAUCCUCUUAAGGAUUCAAUAUGUGAUUAUUUUAAUAAAUCUGCGCCGUUAGAAAAUUUACCGGAGACAGAACCAGAACCAGUCGACAUAGAUCGUAUAGCUUCGGAUGCCAGGGCUUUGAUUAAUAAAUAUAGCGACGAAAAUUUCACUGGACGGGCAAUUGCUAGAAUUUUUCACGGAAUCCAAAGUCCAAAUUAUCCUGCAUUUCAAUGGGGACGUUGCGGAUUUUGGAGGACGCAUCUCAGAAGCGAUUUUAAUAUUGUUUGCGAGAUUGUAACUAAAGAAAUUCUUAGAAUGAAAGCGGGAACUGAUUGUUUUUAAUUGAAUUGUAAUUAAUGACCAGGAUUUUGUUUAUAUGGAUUUUAAUAAAGUUUAUAUUUCAAUUA